UACGGCCUCAGCGGAAGUCUUGUCCUGGUUAGCGGAAGUCAGGCUGUUAGCUUCAGGGAACCCGCUGCGAGAAGAAGAAGCGUCUCUUUCUGUAAUCAAAGCCGCUCAGAGUCCAACACACGCCGGUACAGCAACGAACACCAGCCGAUGGACCCUCGGAUCUCCGCACUGAAUCUGCGGGUCGUCUGUCGAUAACGCGCCCCUUGUGCCGAGGCGCCGGGCCGGAACCAGAACCAGGCCCGGGCGGACGCACGGACAUAGCCAGCGCCGGCGGGGUGCUCUGCGUGCGGGAGUCGACAUGUUGUCUUUCCGGGACGUGUAAUGUGUUUCUUGCUGUCUGUGUCUGGGCAGCAAGUCCCCGGUGGUCGGUGCAGAGGCUUGGGCAUGGGACAGCGAGCUAGCUUCGCCGCCAGCUAACACCGGACGUCAACUUUUACUCGCUACCAGAAUGCGCGGCGGACCCCGGGUGUAGCGGUGACCGAGGAGGGCUUAUUUCACACCGUGUCGCGUCUGUCACUUCGCUCCUUCGCUUCUCCCAAGGCCUGAUCGAUGUGUCCGGAUCGAGUGCAGCCGUGUCGCUAAGUCGUUAGCUGCUAAGUUAGCCUGCCUCCGCCGACCCAAAUGAAAGAGUACAAAGUUGUCGUGCUGGGCAGCGGCGGCGUCGGCAAGUCCGCGCUGACCGUCCAGUUCGUCACCGGCACCUUCAUCGAGAAAUACGACCCCACCAUCGAGGACUUCUACCGCAAGGAGAUCGAGGUGGACUCGUCUCCCUCCGUGCUGGAGAUCCUGGACACGGCGGGGACCGAGCAGUUCGCCUCCAUGAGAGAUCUGUACAUAAAGAACGGACAGGGCUUCAUCCUGGUCUACAGCCUGGUCAACCAGCAGUCAUUCCAGGACAUCAGACCGAUGCGGGACCAAAUAGUGCGAGUGAAGCGCUUCGAGAAGGUGCCGCUGAUCCUGGUUGGGAACAAAGUCGACCUGGAGUCUGAGCGCGAGGUCGCCGGGACAGACGGUCGAGCCCUGGCUCAAGAGUGGGGCUGCCCCUUCAUUGAAACCUCGGCUAAGAGCAAGACCAUGGUGGACGAGCUGUUCGCAGAGAUCGUGCGACAGAUGAAUUACUCCACGCUGCCGGAGAAGCAGGAACAGUGCUGCACAGCCUGCGUGGUACAGUGAGGAAGAGAGCUGCAUCAUUUGUCUGGAUCACCACAAACUUUUUGAUGAACCGUGGGAUGACCUGACUUUGGCCCCUCUGACAAAAACUUACCACAGCCGGUAAAGUUUCCGCUCAUGGUGGUUUCUGACAGCCCGUCACAGAGCAUCUGACAGGAAAGACGUCAGCCCUAUUUUUGAUAUCACGACAGUUGGAAGACAUUUCUGCUGCAACCUUAAUGGCCUUUGCAAUGACCCGGGAUGGAGUCAGGCCGACAGACUUGGCCAUCUGUGAAGAAUUCUCUCUCUUUUCCAACAUUUUAGUCAGAAGUAUCCCAGAAAUAAUAAGCAAGGGUGUUUGUGAGGUUGCAGCUUCUUUUUAAAGCUGCUUUAAUCACUAUUAUAUACUUUAUUAUUACUUGUAUUAUGUCUCAAGUUUGGAAGUUGACAAAGUAUUUCAUAAUAUUGAAACAUUUUGACUUUUAAGCAUGCAUACUCUGAACAGUUUGCUGCCCAGGUGUACUGCUCGCUUUACUUAAAUCUUGUCUGGACUAGUUCUUCUAAUGGACACAAACGACAGCCGUAUGUGUAAUGAGUCCUUUAACUUUGGGAAGCCUGGACAGGAUGUUCAGCUUUGUGGAUUAACCGGUCACUUUAUCCACCAGUCCACUCUGCUGCCCUGUGGUUUUAAAUUCACCAUUUUUACUGUCGCCGUAGCCUGAAGCAGCUAAACUCAUCGGAAAAUGUGCAUGCUCAAAAUUGAAAAUGUUCUACUAAAUCAACGUGGCGUGAUGAGGAAGAGCCAUUUAGCUGUUUCUAGCCUGAACUGUCCGUCUCUCUACAAGGCAUGAAUCACGUGGACGCAGGUCUUCCAUUCUCAGUUUUCUCGAGGAGUCUCUGCAGGAGAAUGAUUUUGGAAACGACCAAAGUAAGCUCCCAUUGCAUAUUUGUGUUUGACUAAAUGACGUGUGUUGCUUUAAAUCCAGGAGACGCCGAUUUCUUGUCAUUAAAUAACUCCUGCUGCAAUGUGGUUUGAUAAAAGUUCCGGCACAGUAAAUCAGAUUUAACUUUGUAUUUUUCUUUUUCUUACAGUAACCUAUUUAUUAAAAAGUAAUGACAUGGGUAGCCAGUUUUAAACUUUUAAUUUUUUUUACUAGUUUUUGCUUUUUGUGACUUUCCACAAUUUAUGGUAUAUUUGUUUUUUGUCUUUUUUCUUUUUCAUUUUAAAGCUGAGAAUUUAACAGAGCCUUAAAUAAUUUCUGUUGCA